AAUAAAAUUUUAUACAAAAUUCAUUCGGUGUAAACGCUUUGGCAUAUUGUUAUAAUUCCAAGUGAGAAAAUUGCGAAUUUAAAUCAUAUAUUAAGUAUAUUUGUUGCCACUUUGGCGUGGGAAACGCUUUAGAAAAUGUUGACGUCAAGAAACCGAACUAGAAACAAACAUUGUAAUAAGGAAGUGAAUCUACCUGAGGAGGACCGUUUACAAUUACAGCAACGUAUAUCAGAUUUUUUAGCCGGCUCCGAUGUUGAGUUGGUAAUUCCGGGAUUGUCCAAUGCCCAGCGCAAGUUUUUACACAAAUACAUUGCUAGACUUGGACUAUUAUCACGGAGUUAUGGCUCGAAAGCAAGCCGGGUGCUUCAUAUUACACAUCGCAAACGUUUGACAUCAUUAGGAUUUCUACAUAAAUUAGAAUUGUCGUCGGUUAGUCGUUCUUUAUUAGAGAAAUCGUUACCAUUUCUUGAAACACAUACAAGUGAAACAAAUCAUAUUCAACAUCAGCAAAGCUCACGCCAGCAAAUCGCAAAAAGGAAUCGCAUUCGGAGUGAGGCAUUGUUACUUGGGCUUGGACCGCGUCUUGUGCCACCACGUGCCCAUCGCAUAAGUUCGGAACUCUAUCGAGAUAAACAAGAACUUCCUAUAUACUUGUAUCAAGAAGAAAUACAUAAUAUGUUGAAACAACAUUCUAUCUUUAUAAUCAGUGGCGAAACUGGUUCAGGCAAAACCACACAAGUACCCCAAUAUAUUUUAAAUGAUAGUAUGCGCAAAAACCGGGCUUGUCGCAUAGUAGUAUCACAGCCUAGAAGAGUAGCUGCGGUUUCUGUUGCCCAUAGAGUUGCGGAGGAGCGUGGAGAACAAAUCGGUAAUACUGUGGGUUAUCAAAUACGAUUGGAAAGUCGUGUUCAAAAAACUACCAACUUAAUAUAUACUACCAGCGGUUGUCUCUUGCGCUCGAUAAUGGCUGACGCGAAAGAUUUCUUUCGCAAAAUAACUCAUUUAAUAAUAGACGAAAUUCAUGAACGAGAUAAGUACACCGAUUUUACACUUAUUACCAUUAAAGAACAUUUAAAACGAGAUAAAGAUCUCAAAGUAAUUCUCAUGUCUGCGACAAUGGAUAUCAGUUUACUCUCGAAAUACUUCAAUGAUUGUCCAGUUGUAAAUGUGCCUGGACAAGGGUUUAAUGUAAAAAUAUUUCAUUUGGAAGACAUACUUUAUCGCACAGGAUAUCGAACGGCGCUGAUGGAGAAAUAUUUGCGUUCGAUGAGUGAAACGAAUGCAGCACACUGUGCAAAAAUGUAUAUAGACGGUGAAAAACCAAGUUCUUAUUCGAAGGAAAAUCCUGUUAUAUUGAGUGAUGUAUUUUUGCAACAAGGGUUAGAUGCCAUUAUAGAUCAAUGUUGCUUGGACAAUUUCCGAUCUGAGGAUGAAUUACUUGCCUUAUUUGACCAAAUACAGUAUUUCAUUGAAAGUGAGGGAAUGCCUGUGGAUGCCGCACACUCCCAAACAGGUAUUACUCCGCUUAUGGCAGCUUGUAAAUGCAACUAUUCAAAAUAUGUCGAGCUAUUUUUAUUUCAUCAGGCCAGUGCCCGCCUUCGUGAUGCGCGCGGUUUUACUGCGCUUGAUUAUGCUAAAAUGCAUUCGGAUAACACUUGCAUCAAAAUUUUACAAAACUCGGAUGUUGGUUAUAAGGAGCAGUUUCAAUUAAGCAAAGAAGUAGAAGAUAAGCAGCGAAUUUUAUUUGCUUAUCAGCAACAGUUCAACGACGAAAAUGAAGUCGAUCACGAUCUCAUUUUAUCAUUGUUGGAAGGUCUCUACCGGAGUCCUCAUCCUGGUGCUAUAAUGGUCUUUUUACCGGGAUACAAUGAUAUAGUGCAGCAAAGAGAUCUCAUUCAAAGUACUCUUCCCGCCAAUACAUAUCGAAUUUGUAUUCUGCAUGGACAAAUGGAUUCACACGAUCAAUUUGAGGCUCUACAAAGACAUACAGUGCGAAAGAUAAUACUUUCUACAAAUAUUGGUCAGACGUCAAUAACAAUACCCGAUUUGGCUUACAUCAUCGAUUCAGGGAAGGUUAAAAUGAAAACUCAUGACUCAAUCACGGAAUCAUCACAACUGCAAUCGGUGUGGAUAUCAAAAGCCGAUGCAAACCAACGAUCUGGGCGUGCUGGUCGAACACAGAAUGGUGUGUGCUAUCGUCUGUAUUCCACGGCAACGUAUGAGUAUAUGCCGAAGUUCUGCAUUCCUGAAUUUAUGCGUAUACCCCUAACCGAAAUUUGUUUGUAUGCUAAGACGCUGGACCGUCAAAGCGACGUUGCAACUUAUUUAUCACGCGCGCUAAACCCUCCCUCAAGUGUGAGUGUGCAAAAUGCUGUUAGAAAACUGCAAAUGCUCGAAGUUUUUAACGACGAUGAAAGUGUAACAGAAUUAGGUCGCCAUUUGGUAGAGAUUCCUUUGGAUGUACAACUGGGCAAGUGUCUGCUAUAUGGAAUUUUUUUUAAAUGCUUCGACUCCAUAUUGACCAUCGUUGCUUAUCAUUCGGUAAAAGAUCCCUUCAUUUUACCAACAGAUCGCGCGGCCCAAGGUCAUGCUUCUUUCCAACGAAAAUCAUUUGCUGGAAAAACAUUUAGUGAUCAGCUCGGAAUACUUUCGUUGUAUAAAUCUUAUUGCUCAGUACGUAACAAUAGGAAACGAGUCCGCGAGUUCUGUAGUAAAUUCUAUUUGUCGCAAUCAGCUAUGGAAAUGUUUUUUGCAACACGGCGUCAAAUAUCUGAUCUAACAUCCCAAAAAUUUCGGCUGGGACAACAGGCUUCUCUUUUCAAUGAAGAUUGGAAUAUGGUACGAUAUUGUUUGGUGGCCGGUUUUUAUCCAAAUGUGGCGGUUAUUGAUCGCCAACAGGGCUCGCUUAUAUCGGGAGCAGAGAAACAAUUAAUACUACAGCGAACAUCAGCAUUGAAUCCACCAGGCAUGAAAAAUUUAAAAGAAUUUAUUGACGAACUUCCUCACGACUGGUUGGUGUUUUUUGAGAAAUCACGUGUGGCUAGUAAAUGUUCAAUAAAUAUGAAUACGGUAGUUCCGCCAGUGGUAAUUGCACUUCAGUGCGGGCGAGAUUGUGUGUUGGAUGAAGAUACUUUGGAUGAGUCUGAAAUUUCAGAUAACGAAGAAUACAUCUCUGAAUUUCCAAAAGUUGAAUCGGGAGAAAAACUAGAUCUGGUGGAAAAGGUCGAAGCGAUCUCCCUAUCAAGAUCAACUGAUAGCAAUAGUCGAAAAGCUAUAAUGUCUGUAGACAAUUGGAUCAAAUUUGAAUUACCUAUUGAUGACGCUAAUAUGCUUUUGCAACUGCGAAACCUAAUAAAAUCCCAAUUCGAAAUAUUUUUGCACAGUGGGAAUUUAACACAAACAUCGACGUCAGUUUAUCAUGUACAAAAACUCCUCUAUAGUUUAGAAAAUGUUUUUCCAACAUAAGUAAUAUAUACAAAUUUUGGCAGGCGGUUUUGACAUCACAAUUAUUUGAUAUCAAGUUCCACUGCUGGACAUGUGUGUAACGAAUAUUCAAAAUUGUUAGCAUGUUAGGUAUAUUGUAAAAUGACAUUUUAACUAUAUUGCCUUUUUGUUUCAUAUAACAUAUCUUAGGUACACAUACAUACAUAUUUUAUUAAAUGGUUCGGAAAGUAGAUACUUUUAAAUUUAUUUCAUAUUUUUUUUCUUUAUAUGUCAUUAAUAAGUGGCCUUUAGUUGUAUGGAUAAAACUAAACGUGUCCAAAUUCUCGGUCUCAUCGCCCCGAAAUAUGUGAAGAGACUAAAAACAACGAAAUACAAAGUUAUGGAAGAAUUGGGAAUGAUGUAGAAGGGGCUCACGGCCACUGAAAUUCUCAAUAAUUAGGCUUUUAAGAUGACGACCUACAAAUAACUUAUUAUGAACCAAAGUUGGAAAGUUUAAAUCAUUUCUAAAAUCUUUAGAUUAUUAGUUAAGUAAAAUGACUAAAAUCAGAAAAUCGCCCAACUAAUAAAGUUGCCACCACUACUGGCCAAUACCACGAUUAUACAUAAGUAUCUCUUCAGUGGAAAGAUUUUUUACACAACAAAAUACAUGAAAAUUUUUGGUAUUUGUACUGCUGCUAUCACUUUAUAUUAAUUCGACUUGAUUUUUAUCUUUGAUCUCUAUUUUUGGGGAAUUUUGUUAAAAUUUGUUGAAUUUUUAUAAUUUUUGUACAAACUUUGAAAUAUGGAUUUAUAUAGUGUGUGUUGUUGUUGUUGUUGUAGCAGCAGUACUCAACCCCCCGGGGUUUCGUCAAGGGUCGUCUUCGUCCUCUGACUCGACAAGCCUGAGGCCGAGAAAGCGGACAGCGUCUAUAGGCGCGGUCCAUAGAGCUUCUGGUGUCAGGGUCGUGGAGUUAGAGGCGCAUGCGAAGAGGUGUUGGGUGUUGUGUGAACCUUGCCCGCAUGCAGGGCAUGUGUCUGCCACUUCUGGGUUCAGCCGGGAGAGAUAGCUGUUUAAUCUGUGGCACCACCCAGAACGGAGUUGUGCUAGGGUGCACCUGGUCUCUCUAGGCAGUUCGGCUACGUCGAUGUUGAUGGGUGGCGGUCGACCACCUAGAACGAUGUUGUCGUUUCUGGUGCUAAGAUUCGACCUCACUGCAUCGGUGUGUAGGUGGUUAAGCGCCGCUCUGUAUUUCCCUGCGUCGAAUGGGUGGUCUACGCACGGCUCGACGUCGGAUUUCCAGUCGUGCAGGUGACGUCUGACAUGUCGGGGACGCGGUUCAUUUCGAAGCAGGGCGUUAUUGGGGUGAUUUCCACGGUAACAUCCCAUGAGGAACUGCUUCGAUAGCAACGUGUUGUGCUCUUUCACCGCCAGCAUCUGGCUUUCUUUGUGGAGCUGAUGCUCGGACAACAUGAGAUGGCAGCCUGUAGCCGUGCGUAGAGCUGCAUUCUGGCAAGUUUGUAAGUUUUUCCACUGCGUAUCGCUGGUACCCGCCGUCCACACUGGCGCUGCGUAGUUUGCCACCGACCGGCCGAUUGCUUUAUACGGGGUGAGUAGGGUUUCUUUGUCGGCUCCCCAAGUGCUGCCGGCUAGUGACUUGAGGACUUUGUUCCUAGCUCGCAUCCUUUCGCAGGUGGCUGAGGCGUGCGCAGAAAAGGAGAAUAGGCUGUCGAACGUGACUCCCAGGAUUUUUGGGUGGUUGACCGUCGGUAUUUUGUUGCCAUCGACGUAAACGUCCAGCUCUAGCCUAACUUCCUUUGUCCAGGUGGUGAACAGUGUGGCGGUGGAUUUCGCGGCGGAGAUGGUGAGGCUCCUGGCAGUGAAGAAAUUUGGAAGGUCGGUGAGAUAGUCGCUGAUUUUCCAGCAUAGGCUGUCAAUAUUGGGGCCCGUCGCCAUAAUCGUGCAAUCAUCGGCAGUAGCUCGCCAAGUUAACUCCUGCUGGCGGCGGAGGGAGUUUCGCCAUGUAGAGGUUGAACAGUGUCGGGGCGAGUACGCCGCCUUGGGGGACCCCCUGUUUAAUCCUACGCGGCUUGGACUUGGCGUUUCGGAAUUCGACCGAUGAUUGGCGUCCACACAGAUAGCUGGUUAUCCACCGCUUCGUCCGAUCCGGAAGCGACAAGUCCAGGACGUCUUGGCAAAGGGUCGCGUGGUUUACCGUGUCGAAGGCCUUCGACAGGUCCUAUCACAGGGUCGACGUUGGUUCAGACCCUCGCUUAUCUGUGUGGUGAUGGCGUUUAAUGCAGUGAUUGAAAGCUGCAGUGAUGUACUCGACUCCCACUGGUCCUUUUUUUUUUCAGCAUCUGCAUCGAGAUUCCGUCGGGGCCUAACGCCUUGGAUGCUUUGGCGUUCUUUACAGCUGCCUGCGUCUCUUCUGGUGUAAAGCACGUUGGUGUGUCUCGGGGGCGGAGUUUGUGUGCUUUACGUAGCACACUGCGGCGGGCUUUGUCUCUCUCCGGGUGUGCAAUAAACUGCCGGCUGAAAAAGCGCGCGCACGUCCGGGGGUCCGACGUGGUGAUAUCGCCGAAUGUAAGGGCAACGUUGUCCUUGCGUUUCGCCGGAUGGGAGAGAGAUUUUACUGUCGUCCACAGUUUGCUAGCUCCGCUGGAGAGAUUGCAGGUCUUGAGGUGCUCAUUCCACGUUUUCCGCUUGUGUUCGUUAACCAGUCUGUUAAUGUCCUUGUUGAGAUCCCUGAUACGGGGAUCACCAGGAUUAGACUGGCGGAUUCGAUCCCGCUCGUCUGCGAGUCCCGCCGCUUCAGCUGGAAAGCCCGGGCGAAUUUUGGCAAUCCUACCGGCUGGUAUGAAGCGGGCGGCUGCUGCGUUGACGAUCCGGCGGAUGUUGCGCUCAGCUUCGUGCGCGCAUGUUGGUGGUGGAAGAGCAUUGAAUUUGCGGUCUGUGUGUUCCGUAAAACCGUCCCAGUUGGCCGUCUUGGUGUUCAUAUACGUACGGUCUUCGGAUGUAACAAAAUCUCUUGGGUGGUCUAUAGCGACUACUAUGGGCUGGUGGUCUGAUGCGAGCGUGAGCACUGGUUGCCAACCAAUGCAAUUUAUCAGACCCCCGCUUGCUAUAGUGAUAUCUGGCGAGCUGUAGCAGUCACCCGCGACCCUGGUGGGGGCAUCGUCGUUUACAGUGCAAAACGUUAUUUGUUCUGCGAUUAGUGUACCCCGCUGGUCGUUGCCCAGGUUGGAGUGCCAGAGUUCGUGGUGCGCGUUAAAAUCCCCUAGCACUACCCGGUUUUCGCCUUCAAGUAGCGCACUUAUGUUCGGGCGAUACCCUGCUGGGCAGCUGGUGGCAGGUGGUAUGUACACGUUGACGACUUCCAGCUCAGUAUCUCCCGACUUGAUUGCCACGCCUUGGUGCUCAAUGAGUGUGUCGUUGGCGGCGAUUCGGGGGGUAAUGAGCCGGUAUUGGAUCGCGUUGUGCAAUAUAAAGGCGAUGCCGCCUCUGGCGCCGCGAGGGCGGUCUCUUCGGAUGACGUUGAACUCAUCCUGACUCUGAAGGCUAGAGCCGGAGUGGAGUUUGGUUUCCUGGACCGCCGCGACUGAGAUUUUGUUGCGCCUCAUGAAGUUGACUAUCUCAGCGAUCUUGCUUUGUAGUCCGUUGCAAUUGAACUGCAAUAGUUUGAUGGAGUUGGGCCUGGUGAUAGUAAUUCGCGGGGUGAGGGAGUACUGGCGCGCUGCCUGAACUGCUUGCUGUGCCUGUUGUGUUUGUUGCGGGUGUGGUGGUCCGACCGCUGGUGUUGUCACCGGCGUUGGUGCCGGUGUGGGUGUGACCGUGGGCCGCGGUUGUGGGAUUGCCGCUGGCGUUGGCAUUGGCACAGAUGUAGGUGCAGGCGAUUGGGGUUGUGUGGCAGCAGCGCAGCAGGAUGCAGUGAAAGCAGCACUCCAUUCGCGAUGGUGUAUGAGACCGGAGUAGCGUUUCAGGUGGCACCCGUUGUUGCAUGCGUUGCAUCUUACUGAUGUGGUGUUUCGCCUUAUCAGGUUGUGGCAGACGCUGCAGUACCAUCUGCUUUGAGUGGAUGUCCGGGGUUGUGUGCUGGGAGUUGGUCCACUGGCUGUUGGUUGGGCGGGCGCUGUUUGUGUGGAAUGCUGGGCUUGCUGUGGAUUGUUGCAGCACGAUGCCGCAAAGUUAGCACUCCACUCCCUAUGGUGCCGGAGGCCUGAGCAUGCUUUUAGAUGACACCAGUUAUUGCAGCUGUUGCAACGGACUGAGGUGGAUGAGUGGUGUAAGUUUCGGUUGCAGACACUGCAUGUCCAGGGUUUUGCUCUAUGCCGGCGCGGACCAGUAGUAUGCGGAGCAGACUUGCCGGUAGAUCAUGCUCCCAGUGCGAAAAAAUGGAUGGUCCUUGGUCGGAGUGGGUGCUCCGAGUCAAUCCGGUAACGUAGAACCGACCAUCUUGGGAUUGUGUGUGUUAUAUAUUGCGCUAGACUUUUAUACAAAAACAUUAAACAUCGAAUAAACAAAGUAAUAUAGCCAAAAUUGGUCAAAGUAAAAAGUUUCUAUUAUUUCUUCCACCACUGUAUUAUGAGUUGAGCGAUUAUUCAACCUUGAGUCAUUUUCAAUUAUGCCCCUUACGUCAUAUGUGGGACACCAAAGAUGAACAAAUCAUAUUUUUUCUGUACUUCAGUCGCUGUGAGCCAUCUCCAAAUAUGCGUCAAUACGUCCAAAACUUUUUACUUUGUAUUUCGUAGUUGUUAGUCCAAUCGGAUAUUUCAAAGGGUGUGAUCGAGAAUUCGAACGAUCCCAAAUAAAGGCCUCUCGAAUGUGCACACUUACCAACCUUAAGAAUGCUACAGAAAACUGAUCUUCGUAUGUAAUGUAAAAGUGAAUAUCUCACAUUUGCUGGAUCGAUUAAAAUAAAUGCGUAAAAUACAAAUACCUUUGCAGUUUUCUUGCAUGCAGGCAACUAGGUUAUAAGUCUAGAAUAAAUACCAACCGUUUAGCUAUGAAAAAA